GCAUGCAAGUACUUUCACUCUUAUCACUUGCAGCCAUGGAAGAGCCAGGCGUUAGGCAAAGGAAGAAAGCAACUCCCGGGUCCUCGAAUAAUCACGAAACGGGCGGUGAAACCAAGCCCAGCCCAGCAUUUCCAAAGGUACUAUAUGGGUUGUUAGUCGUGGUAUUGGUUUUGGCACUUUACAAUUUUUCGGCUGUAGUGAAGAGUCAGCUCAACCAGUUCCUUGGUAUACCCGACCCUACCAGACAUCUACCAGGAGUUCGAACAAACUUAUCAAAGCGAGACGCAGUGGUAGAGGCCUUCAAACAUGCGUGGCUUGCAUACGAAAGGGAUGCUAUGGGUGACGACGAGUACCACCCGAUCUCGCACACUGGUUCAAAUCUAACCAAAGCAGGGGGUAUUGGGUAUGUUAUUGCAGACUCUAUUGACACGAUGAUUAUCAUGGGGCUGGACGAUGAGUACCAACGUGCAAGGGCAUGGGUGGCAGACAAACUCUCGUUCGAACGGGAUGGUAACCUCAACACCUUUGAGACAACAAUUAGAGUCCUGGGUGGCUUACUGGCUGCAUACCAUUUGUCUGGGCAAGACCCUGUGUUUCUCAAGAAGGCUCAUGAACUUGGUAGUCGCAUUCUGCCCGUCUUUGAGACAGAGUCUGGUCUUCCACUAUCCCUGAUCAAUCUAGCGCUUCGGGAAGGUGCGCCAGACCGCGAUAACAAUGGGUAUAUAAGCACUGCCGAGGCUUCAACGUUACAACUCGAGUUCCGCUAUCUCGCGUACCUUACAGAGGAGGAUGCUUAUUGGGAGAAGGCUGAACAUGUGAGCACUUUACUUAGGGUGCUGCACCAAACCUUACGCCCGAAAAUGGGUCGCUACCGAACUUCGCCGAUACGACUCGGGUCUCGCGGGGAUUCUUACUAUGAAUAUCUACUGAAACAAUACCUGCAAACUAACCAAACGGAGAUUGUGUAUCGCGAGAUGUAUGACACUGCCAUGACAGGUAUCCACGACCACCUGGUACAACGAGGGCUUUCUAGCCAGCUUCUUUACAUCGCCGAGCUUAAUCCGCAGCAGACCCAGGGUGGGGGAAUCGAAUGGCGUUUAGUUCCCAAGCAAGACCAUCUCGUGUGCUUCCUUGGUGGUUCUCUUAUGCUCGGUGCCACAACAUCCGGUGCCCUUGUUGAGCAUGUCUCGGUCCCACCGCAAACCGACGAGCUCACCCACCAAGGCGAGCGUGAUUGGCUUACGGGAGUGGAACUUAUCGACACCUGUAUGGCCACACAUGACACCCAAACCGGCCUGGCGCCUGAGAUUGCGCACUUCCGUAUUCCGGGCGAUAGGAUGGAUGAUUCGGUGGCUCCUGCGGAUUGGUACAUCAAAGGCGCGCGUCCCGACACCCCUCCUCCUUUUGAUGCCCGAUACAUCCUCCGCCCGGAAACCGUCGAAUCCAUCUUCCUUGCCUUCAGGCUCACCGGCGAUCCCAAGUAUCGCGAUUAUGGCUGGGCGAUAUUCCAGGCCAUCGAAAAGCAUUGCCGUAUCCCAACAGGUGGGUACGCAAGUGUGAUCAAUGUGGAUCAAGUUCCCGUGGAGUAUGAAGAUAAAAUGGAGACUUUCUUAAUGAGUGAGACAUUGAAGUAUUUAUAUCUAUUAUUUGCGGAUUCAAGCGUGCUUCCUCUCAACGAAUAUGUCUUUAACACAGAGGCGCAUCCCUUGCCCGUAUUUAACCCAACUAUACGCACGGGCUUUUCUUGAUUAUUCGCCUGCGCGGCGGUCGUUGGUUUGUCUUAGUGUAUUAUUAGCCGACUGGUCUAUCAUUAUCUUGAUAGCUGCUUGCAGCUUUGAUAGGCUUACUAGUUGCAUCGAAACAUACUUGGACAAUUGCGUCUUUACCAUCUGUAGCACCGACACCCUCGUCGGUGCACUCAAAACACCGGCAGUAUCUGAC